GCAAUUUUCUACCACAAUUUCUUAUUCGCCUUUUUGAUAGGUCAAUAUAUGAGCCAUAAUCUCAAUAUAAUUCACCUUUCGCCUAGCGCCAUAUUGUUCCACACCAUCACGAAAUUCUUGUUUAUAAACUCCUAAGAAUUCCCCUUCUGUCUUCUUUCUUCCUUUCAAAAACAUCUUCAGAACUCCAAACGAAAAAUCAAACUUACAAUACCAUCACUUUCGUUUAUCAAUCCCUACAAAUAAACAACUUUUCUAUCCAAGAUACAACUCUCAAAAGUAGUCAUUAUGUCUAUUAUUCAGAAAUCCAUCAUGUUUGCCCUUUUCUUCGUCGCGCUUGUUCUCCCCGUCAGCGGCGCUGGUCAACUUGCUCGUGGUGUUGCAUGGGCUUCGGACUCAACUUCCUGUACCGGUGCACCUGUCGAGACACUCGUCCCCAUCGUCCUCCCAUCCUCUGCUCCAGCUUCCCAAACGACUGCUUAUACAUCCUCUGCUCCCGUUGAAACUCUAGUUCCAGUUGUCAGCUCAGCUUCUGAUACAACUGUUUACACCUCAUCUGCUCCAGUCGAAACUCUUGUUCCAGUCGUCAUCAGCUCAGCUUCUGGCACCACGGCUUACACCUCAUCUGUCCCCAUCGACACCCUCGUCCCAGUCCCCAGCAGCUCGGUUCCAGCCACCACUGCUUACAGCUCAUCUGCUCCCGUCGAUACCCUCGUUCCAGUCCCCAGUACUUCUGUUUCCGGUCACCCAUCGGUUUCCCCUAGCGUCGUAACUGGCACAUACGCCAACUCCACCUCCGUUGUUCCAUCCACAACCCUCACCAGCAGCGCUACUUCUGUCACCACCAAGACUUCGGCUACGAGCUCUGGACCAGCUAGCAGCGCUGCUGCUCAUACCGGUGGAGCCAUGGCUGCCAACACAGUUUCAGGUGGCUUGCUCGCUGCUGUCUUUGCAGCUGCUUAUUUCAUCUAGAGCAUUAAUGCUAUGCCAUAAGUUGCGCUUAGGGAGGACAUUUCAUUUGCUUAUUUGGUGGAUGGAUUGAUACUAUUCGGAACAUUGGGUAGCAAAUUUCUUUUGCAUUGUGUUAAGGGAUGGCGUACGUGUGCGUUGAUCAGGAAAGGGAUGUUGAUAUUAGAACAAGGUGUUUAAUAAAUAGAGAAGAUACAAAUGGUAUCCUUACGAUACACAUUUGUCUCUAGAUCUAUCUCGCACUUUAGUUCUCUGAAAACAAACAGCUUUGUUUACUUAAAAUGAUCCA